UGUGUGGGGCGGGUUGGUUAACUAUAUCUACUUAUAGCGACACUAUGCUGUCCAAAUAAUAAUCAUCUUGCCAUUCAAUCUUUUUGGUAAUUUUGUCAGGAGUAAGACUAUGUAACCAGGAUUUCCUGGGAAUCGUUAUUUGCUACUAAAAGCAUCCCGUUAUAUAAAUCAACUUACUUGUGUGUUUUUAUCUUUUCUUGUGCCUCCUUUAAUGGAAGAUACAACCUCAGUAAAUAGAAAUGGCUUUGCAGUUGCGCGACUGGGGAUCUUGAAAGCAGGAGCUCAUAGUGCGGCCUGAACGCAGCACGUGUUGCAGCCAGCAGGCAGCGGCAGCAGACCGGUACCCGAGCGGCACAGCGCCGCAUCACACCGACCCCAGUGCGUCAAAAACACCCAAAAAACGUUACCAUUUUCUACUUUCUUCUCAGUGACUCGUCGCCACCAGCGGAGCCGCGACGCUCUAGACCAUGUAGGCUUUCGACUGUUUCUUUUUCUUUUCUUUUUUUUGUACUUUUACCGGACAGCCUGCGACUUGUGAAGCCUCUGGUCACGCCGCCGGAGUCCUUUUCAUCUGGCCGCCUGUAGCCUUGAACCGAGCGGUGAACUUUUGUGAAAACUACAAGUCACCCGUCGUCGAUACCUAAAGGAGUUUGUGAUAUAUUGGGCCUGACAACACUUUCGCCAUGAGUGAACAGAGUAUCUGCCAGGCACGAGCCGCUGUCAUGGUGUACGAUGAUGCCAAUAAGAAGUGGGUCCCAGCUGGUGGUUCCACGGGCUUCAGCAGAGUCCACAUCUACCACCAUACGGGCAACAACGCCUUCCGCGUAGUGGGACGCAAGAUCCAAGAUCAUCAGGUGGUGAUAAACUGUGCCAUUCCCAAGGGGCUGAAGUACAACCAGGCCACGCAGACCUUCCACCAGUGGCGUGACGCCCGGCAGGUCUACGGCCUCAACUUCGGUAGCAAGGAGGAUGCCAACGUAUUCGCCAGUGCCAUGAUGCACGCUCUGGAGGUGCUCAAUUCCCAGGACACAGGCCCCACAUUGCCCAGACAGGGCCCCCAGGUUCAGAAUGGCCCCACACCGGAGGAGAUGGACCUGCAGAGAAGGCAGCUUCAGGAGCUGCAGAGACAGAAGGAGAUGGAGCGUGAGCAUCAAGAGCGGGAGCGUCAGGAGCGGGAGCGCCUGGAGCGAGAGAUGCUGGAGCGUGAACGCCAGGAACAGGAGCGUCAGGAGAGGGAGGCGCAGGCGGAGCGGGAGCCUGAGCGACUGGAGCGGGAGCGCCAGGAGCAGCAGGAGCGCGCUGAGCGUGAGCUGAUGGAGAGGGAGAAGGCAGAGAGAGAGCGGCUUGAGAGGGAGCAGCAGGAGCAGUUGGACAGAGAGCAGCAGGACUGGGAGAGAGGGAGACGCAUCUCCAACGCCGCCUUCGAAAGCACCCUGUACACUCCCACGCCUCAGGAGUGCACCAGGACAUCCUCCACACCUGUACCUUCAUCCACCCCCACCUACCCUACGCCGUUGGGCUCCUCCACCACUCCCCCAACCCCACCUCUAAGGCAUUCAGCCUCGCGAUUCGCCACCUCGCUCGGUUCUGCCUUUCAUCCAGUCUUGCCUCACUACGCCACGGUCCCGAGACGACAGCAAGCCUUUCCCCAAGCCCCGCCCCCUGCUCCAGUCCCCGCCCCGGUACCACCUCCUCCACCCAAGUCUGUGGUGUGGUCAGCGUGCAACUUCACUCCCCUGCCCCCCUCACCCCCUGUCAUGAUAAGCAGCCCCCCAGGGAAGGCUGCAGGUCCACGGCCGCUCAUCCCAAUCGCAGCACCUUCUCCUCUCACCCAGAAGCCCCCCUCGCCGGCCUCCAACGGCCCGCCAAUGUUCCCGGCACCUUCUCCGGUGACCAUCCCGCACAGCCACACCCCUAUCGGCAUCGCCUGCCCCACCCCACCACCCCCACCUACCCCGCCCCCUCUGCCCUCCCCCAUAGCUCUUCCUCCGUCUUCCUCCUCCGUCUCGUCUCCCCCCUCCUCAUCCCAGGCUCCUGGUGUGCCCUCUCCCUCCACAGCACCCCCUACUGCUGCAGCCGCCGCCACCACCUCUGCCUCUGCUGAGCACCUCUCCCUCCCCGUGGGCCUGGGCCUGUCGGGGCCCGGGGAGCCGGACACAGCUACAGGCCCAGAGCCCCACCCGCCACAGUGGGGCUCCUCCUGUCAACCCCAGUCCCAGGAUGUGGUGCAGACCCCGGGGCUGACCACUCCCACCCCUCCCCCACCUCCACCCCUGCCACCCGGCUCCACUGUGACCUCUGCGGCCGCCACCCCGGCCGUCACCCCAACCACCCCAGCCGGCCACCCUCCCCCACCCCCACCUCCUCCACUCCCUCCUGCACUGACUCCAGGCGGGACCCCCCCUCCUCCACCAGGUCCACCUCCUCCUCCCGGAGCCCCACCCCCUCCCCCGGCACCCCCCCUUCCCGCCGGACUGUUCUCUCCUGCGGAGGACCGCCCCCUCUCAGGUCUGGCCGCUGCCCUCGCCGGAGCCAAGCUGCGCAAAGUGCCAAGGAGUGAUGACGCAGGGGCAGCUCUGGCAGCAGCCAUAUUGGGGGCAGGAGGGGCCGCCGGGGCCAAAUCUGAAGCCAGAGGCAAUGGCCCUCUGCCUGGAGGAGGAGGGCUUAUGGAGGAGAUGAGCGCCCUAUUGGCCAGGAGGAGAAGAAUUGCAGAGAAGGGCUCGUCACCUGAACCUGACCAGAGAUCAGAGGAGGGUGAGAUAAACACAACCCCCAAAGUGUCAGCCUGUAGCACACCAGACAUGCCGAGGAAGCCAUGGGAAAGAACAAACACCAUGAACGGUAGCAAAUCUCCAGUUAUCGGAAGACCUAAAUCCACUCCUACACCUACUGCAUCCUUAAGUGCCAACGGUGUGCCAACAGAUGCUGUUGACUAUGACAGAUUGAAACAGGACAUUCUGGAUGAGAUGAGGAAGGAGCUGUCAAAGCUAAAAGAAGAGCUCAUUGAUGCAAUCAGGGAGGAGCUGGGCAAGUCCAGCACAGCAUAGAGGAUCUAAACUCCCUCUUCAGAACAUCUACAUCCACAUGACCCGACAGACAACCACAGUCAAUUUAAGACGUGACAAUACAGCAGCGGAAAAUAAAAUCAACAAAAUGAUGGAGACGGUGAUGAUGACAAUACUCAUUUUAAUACUGAGAGAGAAGAUAAUUUGGGGCCGAGCAGCGUCGGACAGAACAACAAUGGACAGGGUGGUGUUGGGAGUGUUGUAACUCGGAUAGCUGUGACUCUCAGAAUCCAUUCUAUGAAGGCUCAUGUUUCUGGCUGGCUCCCUGCCCCACCCCCUCCUCCCGCUGAGGGCAUCGCAUCCUGGAGGACAGUGCACGGUCUGAAAGAGAAGCGAAUGUCUUUAUGCAAAGAUUAUAUCUCUCUCUUUGUCCUAUAAUAACAAGAAAAAAAAACAUUUUAAAAAACAAUCUUGAACUCUUCGAUGAUACUGUAUUAACCAUUGGCGCAUAAGUGAACAGCGUUGUUGAGGCUAAGAAUCAGAACUCUCGUGAUUUCCUAUCAAAAGGCACGUUUUAUUAGGAGAGUUUGGAGACAGGAAGAAGGUGGGUAUGGAAACUAAACUUUUUUUCCCAUAAUGCCAUAGGGGUAGCGUGCGUGCAUGUGUGGGUGUGUGUGAGUGUGUAUGGGGGACUGACAGUCUCUGGUGAGGUCCACCACUGCAGGACACUGUAAAGCUUGUCUUCCUCAAAUACUAUUUUAACCUGAAUAUGUACAAAAGAGAGAAAAAGUUAUUUAGAAAAAAAAAAGUAUCUAUCAACCAGUCUAAGUCUGUUUCCAUGUAGAUCUAUGGCCAUAUCAAGUAGCUCAAUAAUCCAGUCUUUAAACAGGAUGCUCUCUCGUCUGUGGAAUCAUAACCAGAUGUGUUGUUUCCCUUCUGGAGUGAGCGCUCUGCGGAGAAAUUUUACUGUUUCCUUUGUUGAUACUGUUGAGUUUCAGGUGGACGAGACGUGGAGGGUUGCUGCCUGCCAGACAGCAGCCACCGUAGCUCUCUACCAAACUUUAUCUGUCAACAACAAGUGCUGAUUUGCUAAUACCCGUCAUGCUCGUUGACCAUGGCCCGACGUGUAGAUAGAACUGAAUUUUCCUUCUGGUACAUUUUGAUUUAAAGACUCUCUCCCCAUUUUCUCUCUCAGUCUCUGUCAUGUUCGUCAUAUUUAGGUACUGCGUUUGGUGUACACAUGUACGGUAGUUUUCUUUAUACGGUGAGGGUCACAAGUCUGCCACGAAAGUGCAUUAAAUGUCACUCGUUUUAUUACAAGCAAUAAGUGUAGCAUCUAUUUUAAGGCCCACCUGCCCCGAUCCCAACACCACCAAACAUUUUUCAGUGUCUGUCCUUUUUGGCCGUCCCGAGCCCCUGUUGGACAAUUUUUCUGUGUGACUCCACCUCUUGUCAACUUCAUCGCAGAUCUUCUGUGAAACUGAAGGCUGACAUGAAAGAAUAUCAGAGCAACACUGUAAGACAUGAUUUCAUGGAAUAACAUCGUUUCUAAAUCACAAAACUCCUUUUUUAUUUUUUUCUAUAAAAUCCAAGGAUACUGUAUCUUUAGCCACAUUGGAGCUGAAAUGUUUUUUUAAUCCUUUAUUUUUAUUUUACUGCAUUUAUAAAGUAUACCUUUUGAAACAUGCACAGGACAACCCCAGUGUGUAGGAGAUGGUGUCCAUGUGAGGACAUGAAUGUGCCAUGUUCUAUUUCACCAGUGCUUAGUGGUGUUUGUUUCAUCUUUAUUUCUUUGCCUUUUUCUCCUGCCGCUGUCAAAUCCUUAAAAUGAGAAACUGUAUUUUCCUGUGUUUUUAGGUAGAUAAGGGAACUGUCACUUUGUUUCAACAUUUCCUUCAGUUCAGUGCUGAGUUUGAGGGAUAUGCUGUGAGCUGAGAGACUGAUGUCCAAAUACUGUAGCUGUUGCUCCAAGGUCACAUGUCAAAGUAACAAAUCUGCAAUCCUUUUUUCUAAAUGAGAUCCUGGGGAGGGACAGCUCACCUAAAACAAUCAAUGACUCAUGACUGGCUUAACAGCCACCCAGAGUGGGGUCUGCAGGACAAGCUUGGCUUAUCCUAAACAAGUUAUAAAAUGAUGCUUUGUGAUUUAGCAUCUACAGUGAGAAUUUUGUGGUGUCGUGAUUGUUACAUGCAUCCAUUGGUUCAGACAUCUCCCAAAGCAAUACAGUGCACCACAGUUCAUCCUUAAUGUGACUGUUCUGGCUCCUUUGCAACAGUAACAGUAUUUGUAACUUAAAGGGGCACUCCAGUGAUUUAGUAUUGCACUUCCAUUAAGUUGAGAGACUUGCAAUAAGCAUAUUUUGAAAAAGCAACAGUCAAAAUCAAAUCAGCAAAGGGUGAAAUAUCCCGACUUUUAGUCCUACAAUUCCCAUAAUUCAACUCAGUAGCAUCUUUUCAUUGGACACUGUCUGAUAAAUGUAAACAUCUUUCAGACUCCACGCUCCCAGCUUGUAAUGCUAGAUUUCUGCAAAAUAUAUGUAGUCUCCAAGCAUAGGCAGAGAUUACCCUGGUGACAUCACUAUGACAUCAUUAGGGUUAGCUUCUCCAGAACCAUAGAAGGCUGAGUGGCAGUGAACUGAUUCUCAUGUGUGAAAUCGGUGGAGUGCCCCUUUGAAUUAUGAUUAGCAGAAUGAGCUAAGCCACACCGUGGCCUGCUUGUACCCUGGGAUCCCAGUGAAAGGUUUGUUAAUUAGUUUACUUCUGUGGCUGUUGGAUCUCAUACAACAAGACUGUGUUCAAGGGCUUGGAUGUUAUAGCUUUGCUAUAAAAGAUGAGAUAUCACCAUAGACUGUAUGGAUAUCACUGAUUUGAGAAAAUUAAAUUUCCCCACAGCUUCUCUCGUUCACUUUAGAUCUGGUCAAACUUGUUAAAAAUAUUGUGAUGAGAAAAAGGAAUGGGUUCAUUCUGCUUCAGACAUACAGAUGCCAUAACCCUUUGAUUGGAGUGUAGACGGGGUUUUGGGCAUCUUUUUUUAGAUUUCAUGCUCUAUGUCUCUGUUGGUGAAGUUAUCUCAUCUUCUCAUCCACUUUUUAAAAUGGAAACACUCAGCCAAGACGCUCCCUGUAGUGUGUUUACACCGCAUCGAUUGCACUUUAAGAGAAAAACCCACAGAGCAAUCCAACAUACAGUUGCUUAAAGCCUCUGUGACCAACAGUGUGGCUAUCUCACCAAAGGAUUCAGCUCCUGCUAAACAUAAUCACACUCAACAAAGUCGCCUUUUUUUGUGUCAUUUUGUUAAGAUGUUGAAAAUGGAAGGAAGAUGUCUGUGUCUAUGUUCAGUCCUUUGGACAUGAUGGCGGGUGAAAUGUUUUGAUCAAGAAAAGUUUAUCUCUUUGUGAAACUAUGUGGUUUGUGCCUUGUUCCGAAGUUGCAUUUAAUAUGUCAAAGAUAUAAAGAUGACUAGUAAUAAUAUCUGGGGACUGUCGUUAUGAUCAUGUGCAGUUGUUUUGCAUUUUGUUUGUCUUUCUUCUUUCCAUCAUGGUCAUGUCAAUUUGAAGGGAGAAUUAAAUGACCUCUGUACUGUUCCCCACCGAGAAAACAUCUUUGCACCAAGAUCUUCUUUGUUUUUGUUUUGUUUUUUACAUAAAUGUGAUUUAUUUCCAUAUAGUUGUUAGGUUGCUUUUCUUAAAGUUCAGAAGUACAAUCAAAUCUUUGAGAUAUGAAGCCUAGAUAGGUUCAAAGAUGAUCUUCGCUCUGAGAUGAUUUUUCUAAACCUAAAGCCCUGCUUGGAAGGCCAGAUGAGUCUGGCUACAGUGUCAUGCCAUUUAACUGUCACAGAGACCUUGUGUUCAGCAGCUUAGCUUUCUUUACGCGCUUGGAAAUCCGUUUUGUCCUCUGCAGUGAGGUCUGCUCCAUGUUAACGUCAGGUUGCUGAUGGGAACUUUUAUCUUUGUCCACAAAAACCCAGUUUUCUGCUGAGGGAGCUAAAGGAUUUCUGAAUUUGCAGGGAUAUUUGCAAUGAAUUUGGCUUAAGCAAGUUUCUUAGAUGGGUUUCCAGAAUUCUUUUAUCAUCUGCAUUGUACCAUACUGUUCUCAUGUUAAUUAGUCUUUUCUUACAUGCUAACAUAUUGUUUUGUUUGAGCAAAUUAAAUAAAAAUUGCAAUACAAGAC